CGUCUUCGUGCCCAUGUACCGCCCCUAUGCGUACUCGUACAUGUACUUUUCGCCACCGUACUUCUACUACCACCCGUACUACUACCCGCUGUACAUUACGCCGACGCACUGGACCCGGUACCCGUGCUACCAGACCAACUGCCAAGCGCGCUACAACCAGUGCCUCGCAAUGUACGGCAACGACGGCUGCGUCUGCUACCCCGGCUUCCUCCAGUGCGUCCAGACCAACUGCUACAACGACUACACACCUGCGUACCAGCAGUGCCAGUCGGCGAUCCCGAACGCCAACCGCUGCGUCUUGACGUGCGCGCCGCAAGCGUACCCGGACCCGGCCGUCGCGCCAGUGCAGUACAGCUUGUACUCGACCCUGUGGAUCCAAGGCGCCAACGCAACAGGCUUCCAGAACUACGCGUAUGCGUUCUCCGAGACGCUGGCGUCGUACCUGAGCAGCAACAGCAGCGACGGCGCGUCGAACACAUCGGCGACGAUCGGCAACCCGCCCGUGGUCAUGGCCAACGUGACGCUCUCCAAGACGGCUGACAUCAUCGUCAACGGCACGUCGCUGCUGCAGGUCGACGUCUUCAUCAAGCGGCCGACGUUCGAGUCGCUCAAUAUCACCGCCAACAAGCUCAACGCGAUCAUGGCCAACAAGACGAUGGAGCUCCAGAAUGUACUCGUCAAGGCCGGCGUCCUCUUCGAGGCGGCGCAGCUCUCAGUGCAAACGUCGCAGACGAGUGUCGAUACGCUCACCAAGGAUGGUGCGAUUCUUGUGGCGGCCGAUCCGGCGACAGCUUCCAUUGCGCCAAACUCGGAUGGUACGCUGAUCAGCGCUGGCGCGACCAUGUCCCCGUGGGCGGCGGUGACGCUGAUGGUCGUCUUCCUUCUCACCGCUCACAUCAUAGGCUAGGUAGGACUCAUGAUUUUAUCACAUAAUUUACAAAUGCA